AUGUGGCUUUGCUCGGACUCGUGCCUCGACUCUAAUCGGCGUCCUGAGUGCAACCAUUUCUCCUACUUUUCGUUUGACAGUGAUAAGGUUGCUGAGCUGCUGUCCACGAAACAGUGCGUCUACUGUGGCUUCGAUCCAACGGCUGAUUCCCUUCACGUUGGCAACCUGUUGGCCAUCGUGCUGAUGCUGCACAUGCAGAGAAUGGGCCAUGAUGUCAUCGCCGUGAUAGGUGACUCCACCGCUCAAGUCGGCGAUCCCAGCGGCCGUCUCACGGAGCGGGACAAAAUGGACGAGGACGUCAUUGAGAAAAAUGUUGCCGGUCUGCGCAACAACCUGGAGACGGUGUUUGCGAACCACGUGGCCCACUUCUGGAAGCCGAGCAAACCCAACAAGACGCUGAGCCCUCUGAGGAUAGUCCGGAAUUCGGAGUGGUACCUCGGCCAUGAUGUCAUAGGCUUCCUUGGUACCGUCGGCCGAAACUUCAGGCUGGGAAAGAUGAUGUCAAGAACAAGUGUACAGCAACGACUAAACUCUAGCGAGGGCAUCAGCCUGGCCGAGUUCUCGUACCAGGUGUUCCAGGCGUACGACUGGCUGCACCUGUACGACAACUACAAGUGUCGAUUUCAGAUAGGAGGUGGUGACCAGCUCGGCAACAUCGAUUCGGGCCACGACCUAAUCAAGAAAACGAGGUCAAAUGUGGCCUAUGGCCUCCUGGUUCCGCUCAUUACGGCAGAAUCCGGUGACAAGUACGGAAAGUCGUCCGGCAACGCGGUGUGGCUGGACCCACGCAAGACGUCGCCGUACGAUUUCUACCAGUUUUUCCUGCGCUUGAAAGACGCUGAGGCGGUGCAGCUUUUAAAGCUGUUCCUCUUUGCCGAUCUGCGGCAGCUGGAUUCCCUCAUUGAAGCACAAAUGAGAACACCCGAGAAAAGAGUGGCUCAGAAGCGGCUUGCCGAAGAUCUCACGCUACUUGUUCACGGGGAGAAGGGCUUAGAGCUGGCGAAACAUGCCAGUGCGGUGCUCUUUGGCGGAGACGCUGCAGCCGAAACACUGCAGAACCUGAAGGAGGAGGAGCUGCACCUGAUUUUCGGGGACGCCGGUUUCGCGACGCUUUCGUCCGAGGCAGGAACGACCAUUCUGGACAUGGCGAUGAAGGCCCGCCUCUUCCCAACUAUCAACGACGCCGUUCGUAUCAUCACAGCCGGAGGGCUGUACAUCAACCAGUGUCGCGUGAGCACGCCGGAUCACGUAAUUGUUCCCGGUGUGCAUGUGUUGCCCAGCAACUACACUCUAGCAAGAGUCGGCAAGAAGAACUACUACCUCAUCAAAUGGCUCGUUUGACAGACGAGGCAGCAAUCAUAGGCAACAUAAAAUGCAGCGCCGUUUCUCAGAGGUGCCUGCCGACUGCACCGCGAGUUGCAAGAGGCUCGAGAGAUGUGAGGACUUUUGGGGAAAGCAACCAAAGUGAGCAGGCCAGUGAUGUCGUGUCACCACGUGUCAUGCACAAACUUUGCGGAACGAGCUGAUCAGUCACACUGUGCAGCUUUUCUCCUUCGUUAGGAGCGCAUCAUUAUUUGGAAACUUCGAGCGAGUCUGAAAAGGUACCCCGUUUGGCUUAGUAUUCGAAUUGAAUAGCCAUUUUUGUAAUUGGGAAUACUGCUCGAACAGUUCACGAAUAUUUUGAUAAUGUUUGCGGUUUUACCUCAUGAAACCACGAUAUGAUUGAGAGAUACCGUAAUGAAGAACUCUGAAAUUUUGACCACCUGGGGUACUUAAUGUGCACGGAUUGUAUUAAAUGGCUGUGUACAUGGCUUGCAGCAUUUCACCUUUGUUGAAAUGUGGCCGCUACAGCCACGAUUCAAUUCUGUAGCCUUUGGGUCAGCUUGCGAAUAUUUAAAGUAAGAGCUGCAGCAAAGUUAUACACAAUAAAUUAAUGCGGAACUACAAUAACUUUCAUCAUGUGGCCAUUUAAUGUGCAAAAACACUCGAGCUUACAAAGCACAGCAACGCUACUUUGCUUGGAGAGCGCAGCUUUCGCGGCUGUGCGGUGAUUAUUCACAUUCAUCGCCAAGUUCUGUGUGAGUGAGAAAUCAGCUUAUGUGUUCCUAGCAUUCUUUUAGCACUAUUAUUGCUAAAAUUAUGAAUACAAACUGGAAUACAAAUGUAAUUUUAUCAUAGUUUCAUUUUUCAAUUGGGAGGAACAGCCCCUGUACAUCCGAAAGCUAUUUGUCAUGUCUUCUAUUAGGUUCUGGCACUGCUCAAUUUUUGAUACUAGUAUUUGAUUUUGUCUCGAAACAUCAUUUUUCACAUGCAACUAUUUUUUGCUUAUUAGGUGAAGUUUAAUUUGCCUUUUUUGAACGAGGUGGCCUGCCUCCUAAUUGUGGUUUUGGCAUGAGUUUAUUAAUUAUUAGUUUUCUAAUGGGAUGUGUGUGGAUUGUUCGCGGCCAUCUUUUGAAGUGCUGUCAUGCUGCGAGCUGCACAAAGUUAUUCGGACGACGAUAGCAUUACUGUAGAAUAAAUCAGUAAAUAAUAAAAAAAUAUAUCCUA